AUGAAGAUUAAUAAUCUUGUUCUGUUGUCUGCCCUCAAGAUUGGACCAUAUCCAAUGAUGGAUAAUCUUGCUUACCCCCCUCUUGUGAUGAAUCAUGUCAUACUUGCGAUUUAGGUGUUUGCGGAUGUAACGUAAGAUGGACACUUACUUAAAAUAAAAGAAGAUGUAACCCACCUGUUUGCCAUGAAAGUUGUUUCUAAUGCCAUCAAGGUACUUGUGUUUGUGAUGAAGGUCACUAAUUGA